GACAUCAGAGCGAGGGGCGGGUGUGCGGCUUGGGGGUCACUGGGGGUCCGUGGUGCUGCAGGGCCUGGCGGCACGGAGGGUGUGGGGCCCCGAACCCGGCGCCCUCGCCCCGGCGUGUGGGCAUGAGGGCUCUGGCGCUGCUUCCCGUCCUGGCCUGCCUGAGCGCCGGGGCCCGGGGCGAGCUGCUCAGUCGCUGCCAGCUGGCCCGGCUGCUGCAGAGAGGGGGGCUGGACGGGUUCAUGGGGUACCGCCUGGACAACUGGCUCUGCCUGGCUUUCUACGCCAGCCGCUUCGACACGGGGACCGUGACGGAGAACUCGGACGGCAGCUCGGACUACGGCAUCUUCCAGAUCAACAGCCGCCGGUGGUGCAGCGACCAGCGCAGCCGCACGCUGGACCUGUGCCAGACGCGCUGCCGUGAUUUACUGACUGCCGACCUAGCGGACGACAUCAGCUGUGUCAAGAAAGUCGUGAUGGACUGGCAGGGGAUGGGAGUCUGGAUGCCCUGGCGCGACCAUUGCAAGGGCCGGGACCUGAGUCACUGGGUGGCUUCCUGCAAUCUGUGAUCUGGCCAGAGGACCUCGGCGCCCGUCUCCAAGGACCCAGCCGGCUUCUGCGUCCGGCUGCGCCAGCGGGGCUGGGCGAGGGGCCCCCCACGCGCAAGGGAGAGUUAGACGCAAUG